GCUUGAAUCUUGCGGAACUUGUCAUCUGAUCUGCUCCAACGAUGGCUCUUCAUCAGCAUAUAUCAUUUCUCUUUCUGCUUUCAUUUGUCACUUUGUUAACGAUGAAUGGAAACACAAUGCAGGGUGAGGCGCGACACCUUAUGGAGAUAACCUUGCCUGAGUUUCCUAAGCCUGAAUUGCCACCGCUUCCUCAUGUUCCAACACUACCAAAACCUGAGCUGCCACCAUUGCCUGAGCUUCCUAAGCCUGAAUUGCCUCAAGUCCCGACUUUGCCAAAGCCUGAGUUUGCGACUCUGCCAAAGCCAGAAGUCCCAAAACUGCCUGAAAUCCCGGCUUUACCCAAUAAUGCUGACCUGCCUAAGCCCACAAUCCCAACCAUUCCAACCCUGCCAAAGGACUUGCACAUUCCUUAAUUUCCUCUGCCCUCAUCACUCAACCACUACUCCUUGAAUCAUGUUUUCAUGAUAGGAGACUAUUAUUUCAUUUCAUAUAAACAUUUUUAUAGGUUUGGUAUUUGAUAAUGUUUGAUGUGUGUAUGGGAUGAGCCGGUACUUGUUCUGCUAGUUUCUUCCAGCUAGGGGAGAUGGUUCGUCUACUCAUUACGCUUGUGUGUUACUUGUACUUUC